AUGGGUCGCACGCAAUAUGUCACAGAAGCUUGUGGAAGUCGUAGGCAAUGCCUGCAGGAAGAGCUACUAAAGGAUCCGUACGUUGGCGACAUCCUGGCAGGCUUUGCGACUCGACUUCUCCUUGUCGCAUCUUAUGUUCGGGCGUCCCUCGUGAGCCAGCCGAUUCUCACGAUCCACGAUCUGGAGAUGCACAUUCUGUCACACCUCAUGUUCAAGAGCAACAGCCGCUUUGAAGAUGCGUGUAUGGGGAAGCUGCAGUUCCACCCGCUGGUGAAGCAUCAUUUCGGCUUGAACGAAUUGCCCAGCAUCCCGAAGAGCUUCCCAGCAAUUAGCGGGAGGGAGAUACUGGAGCAUUUUUUCUCCGAAGAUGUGCUGUCAACAACACUUGGCAAAGGACCACGGCUGUCCGGCGCGAGGACGAGAUCUGCAUUUGCGGCUUUAUCCAAGAUUGCCGAAGCUUAUCACUUCGAUGACUUCCGCGAACUAGGCAUUGCCGUGCAAGAUGGCGCUUUCCUGGGGCAGAUCAUCCCCUCCAUGGUCCACUUCAAGAUUGAGCUGGUGAUGUUUCCCGCGGCGAAGCUUGACGUGGACAGGAAGCUGACCCACGGCGAGCUGAUGACUAUGGACAGCCACGGAAAGCCAGUGGAUAAGGGGAUGAAGCUCCUCUUGGCGACCUUGAAGGACAACGAGCUGUUCAUCACGGCGUUCUACAGCCCUGUUCCCGGCAACCUUCAGGCAAUGAUGCUCUUGGCUUUCGGAGUUUUCGCGAUCUUCGGCGGCACGGCUCUCGAGAUUCUCCCGGGCAUGUUCAACAACCGGUUUGAGAUCGGCAUCGACGAGCCGGAGGAGCCAGAGUGUGGCGAGGCCAAGCUGCUGGAGGAUGCCAAGGACAAGGAGAUACCAGCUUCCAUCUCCCGCGGCAACCUUCAACGUGGAGCAUGGGUCUAUGAAGUUUGCAUCGCUGCUGAUGCUGAGCUGCCGCCGUUUCCGUUGCUGGACCCGAGCGACCAGGACAUCCUCGAGCCGCCUCCUGCCGACCAUGACCUCGAUAGCGAGUCACCCUUUGCUGGAAGGAGCUUCGAGGAUGCUGCCUCGUCUGCAGAGUCGGCCGUUUGGUGUGUACCGCUUCGCAUGCACUGGUAUGGUCGCUUGAAGCAGUGUCGGGCCGCAGUUGUUCGGAUGAAAGGAGGUGGUGCUGCAAAUGAAGGCAAGCGUGUCUUGAGACGCGGAGACAUCAUCACGUCACUGCAGGUGAGAGUUCCCGUUGCCAUGGACCCCAACAGGAUUGACAUUGUCCUAGAGCAGGACUGCGACGUGAUUAUGACAACAGACGACGAUGAUGGGCUUGCGAAGCUGAGCAGCAAGGAGAAGCAGCAGGAAUUGGUGAGCAGCACAAGCUCGCCUGCAGGCAUAACAUCCAAGAGACCGGACUGGCCGCGUGGGAAUGCCGAGCUGGCGGAUAGAGUUACAAAUUAUGUACGCUGGCUGUUCGCCGAGCUGCUCAGCUGGCAAAGAGCAAACCAUUUUGCAGGUAACCAGGAAGAAGCCGGGGAAGUUGAUCUCUUGGGAGGCCCUGCUGAAGCACCCAACAGCAAGCACGAGGCAGACGAGCGAGGUGAGGCUGCGGACAUGCCGGUGAAGCUCAGCAAGCGUCUCCUGCACAUCUUGAGGGAGAUCCUGCGAGAGCAGCAAAAUCUGGAGCUGGGGGGGCUAUUGGAAGUGGUGGGACGCUUCGAAGAUCGCAUGUGCAAGGAAGAGCAGAAGAAGGAUUGGAACGAGAUGAAGCUUGGCACUUUCGGGAGCUGGUUGGCGCAAAACAGCGACCAGAUUGCCAAUUCUGCUGGCUUGGUGAGCCGUGAACAGCUGGAUGUCGAGAAAGCUGCGCAUGACAUGUGCCGUCGCAUUCGUGCAGAUGGUGGCAACCAGAAGGCUGCAGAUGAUCCAACGCUGGUGCUGCAUGUUCUGCAGCAGCACUAUGCUGGCGUUGUGACCAAUUCCGAGCUUCAGGCCAUCGUCAACAACGUCGGCGAUGUCGAGAUUGAGGCCAAGCCUGGGGGAGAUUCGACGGAUGUGGUGCUUCAAGCCUCCAGCUCGCAUGUGUCUCUCCCCGCAGCACAGCAAGCAGCGACGAGCGAAGAGAGGGACAGGCUGUUGGAAAGCGCGACGGAGGCAGUACUGUCAUGUCCCGUGCUUUUCGAUGUGGUGGAAUCGCUGCCAGAGUGGGAGACAAAUUUCGGAGCACUGGCCAUGGACGUCAGCAGUUUCCUGCGUUCGCCUGAAUUUCAAUCGCGAGCCAGGAAGAGAGGAGCGGUUGCCUGCAUUUUGGAGGUCCGCCACUCCGUUUUCGUGCGCCUCCCCUCAGCCGAAGACUCCUCGACGGAGCGACUCGCAGAAGCUUUGGGAGCCGUGGACGGUCGCAGCGUCUCUGCCAUCGUGUUGGCCCGCCUGCUUCGGGAGGGCACGGCUGCGCCCCUGUCGCUGCUCAAAGAGCAGAUCUCAAAAGGCUACAGGGCCUUUGUUGAGACGCAGCCGGAGCGCUUCCUGCUCACAGCCAUCGCAGCCCUGCCGCGCGGUAUCGCUUCGAAGGAAGUUGUGGAGAUCAUCGCCUCUGGCUACAUGCGCUUGGAGCGCCCCCCUGUGGCCUUACUCAACUUGGUUUUCGGUGUCUACGAGGGCGUCCCGAGCUUUCGCUCGGCGCUGAAGCGGCUGGGCCUUCACUUUGGCAUCACGGAGUGGGCCGACCUGUCGCGGCCAGAAAAUGACCAGGCUGCAGGCAGCCGCGCAGCAGCGGUAGCAGCAGCAGCGACCGCCGCUGACGCAAUGGUGGAGGCGAAGGAUGCCGAGAUGCAGAGCUAUCCCGCCACGAAGCAGCCUUCCACCUUCAAAGAGUCGGCCGUGCAACUGGCAGCAGAAGAGGAGGACGCAGAGAACGAGGAAGUUUGCAGGCGGAUAGCUGCCAUGAAGAAGGUUGACUACGACUUCGUUGACUUGGAGAAGCGCGAGUGGAUCCAAGAGCCUGAAGAUGCUGGUGUCCGGUCUUUGCAGCAGACAGUGCAGGGAGCUGUAAAGCGACUUUCUGAAGACUUGUACAGCGGUGAGGCUCACUUUCUGCUGGAACUUCUUCAGAACUGCGAUGACUGCACGUAUCCGGAGGGCGAGACGCCGACUUUGCGCCUGACUUACGAGCCCAGGAAGGACAAGUUCAAAGAGCUGAGCAGCUUCCGUGCGGGGGAUACUGUGGAAGCUUUUCUUGUUGUGGAGCACAACGAGACAGGCUUUCAGGAGAAGAAUGUCAUCGCCAUCUGUGACAUAGACAAGUCUACAAAGCAGGCUAUUGACAAGAACUUCAUCGGAGCCAAGGGAAUCGGCUUCAAGUCUGUGUUCCUCGUUACCGCCACCCCUGUUUUGCACUCUCGUGGCUUCCACUUCCACUUCGACGCUGAAGCAAUGCAAGGAUUGGGUUCACUGUUGCCGUUUCCCUUGAAGCCGGCCUCAAAGCCACCUCGUGGGACACGGCUCGUCCUGCCCCUGAGCAGCAUCCAAGGGCCGUUGACGAAGCGGGGGCUGCGUGCUCCAGACGUGGGCAAGCGUGCGCUCAAAGACGUGCAGCCCACACUGCUGUUGUUUUUGCGCAAGGUGGCACGAGUGGAGGCCUUUGACGGAGACAGUGGCCUGCAGCGGGUCAUCUCAAAAAUGCGCCUGCCUUCCGAGGGCCAGACCAAUGCAGAGGAGAUGAAGCUGAACGUUGAUGAGGUUAACACCUGGUCCCUGGAGGAACCACCCAAGUCGGAGGAGCAGCGAUGGUUGAUACAAACAAGAGGUGUGGAGGUUCAAGGAGAUGGUGAGAGCGACUCGUCGGUGACGGAGUUGAAGUUGGCUUUCCGUCUCGAUGCGAAUGCAGGCAACACGGAAAAAGUCUAUGCCUGGCUUCCGCUGCAGUCCUACCGAUUGCGCUUCGUCGUCCAGGCAGAUUGGAAAGUGCCAUCGUCCAGGGAGGCGAUAACGGACAAUGUCUUUAAUCAGCAGAUUCGAGAACAAGUGCCAGCAGCAUUUGUCGAAGCAGCGGAAGAGUUCAGAACCCGAGCCGCAGCUGCAGCACUGGAACACAAUAUCGUUCUGCGAAGCUGCGGCGAAGAUGCAGGUGACGAUGGCUUGCCGCUUUCGCAGUUGAGAGCAGGGCUGGAUGCAUCGGCGGAUGCUCUCCUGCCACUCUACGCCGCUGUGCCCCGGACAGGCGAUGCCGUCAAUUUUUUUCAGGGCACCGAUGCAGGCAUCCUUCGCGCUCUGCAAAAUGUGCCAAUCAUGUUGGUGCGAGUGCCUGGCGGUGGCCCACCAGGUCCAGACGGCGCGAACCUGCCUCCCGGCGGAGAAGAUGCUGAAGAAGCCGUGCAGGAGGAUGAACGUCGCUUCCGCCUUGGCUUUUCUACGCCCAAACAUGCCGUACGUGAACGGCUUCCAGAGGGCGUCCCAGCAUCUCUGUCUGAGCACCUGCCGACGCUGGAGCCUUUGCUUGUGGAGGCAGGGCACUAUCUGGAAGUUGGGAAGCUUCCAGCUCGCGUGGCAGAGGCUCUUGGGGUGCCAGUCUUGGACGCAGACGUCGCCCUGGACUGCUUGAAGGCGUUUGCAAGCCGAGCAGCUGAACGAGACGAUGCGGACAUGCCCAGCGCUUUACAGACAUCUGACAUUGAGACUUUGCACCUUCUGCUUUUGAUUCUCGAGGCGAAGCCUGAGUUCCUCGAAGAGCUGCGGCACUUGGCCGUCGUGCCGACGGAAGCCGGUCUCGUAGCCUUGGCAGAGCAAGAGGCCAGUGGCCGCAAGGUUUACGACAUCCCAGAUGAUUUGGCUGGUCUGGAAGCAGUCUUGGGAGAAGGGCAGAGGCUUGAUCCUCGCUUGGGUCACACCGCCCAGCCAAAGGUCAAGCAGCUCUUGCUCAAACUCGGUGUCGAGCGCGUCGAUGGCUUGGCCUUUUUUCAGGACGUGCUGCUACCAGUCCUGGCACAAGGUGAAGCACCAGAUGCGGAGCAACUGCUUGAGGUUACACGGAGAUUCAAGCAACUCGUCGCCAUCUGCGAAGAUGACGGAUUGAAGGAGACGAUGGCGGGUCGUGUCAGGGAGACCGGAUGGUGGGCUGUGGCGUCGUCGCACACCUGUGAGUCACAGACGGUGAAGGUUGGGGGGCAGUCCGGACAAGGACUUCACUUGACAUCCCUUUCUAAGUCCUUGGCGUCGGCGUUGCGAUUGGCCGACGGAGCCAGUGAGAUGGAGUGGCUAACCCCGUCGGAGCAGUACUUUGAGAAGGAGGAGGCGGCAAACAGUGAAGCUUGGUACACAAGCGCACCAAAGGAAGAACGACAGAAGUGGGAGGACUUUUGGACUUUUCUCGGAGCCGCCCCGGCCUUCCGCAUGGAGAUCGAGCAAGAUGUUGCGAGCGCAGAACUGGAGAGGCUUCUCCAGAUUGCCGGCAAGGAUGUGAAGCUCGCAGAGGAAGUCGUGAUGCUCCUCGCACCGCAUGGGGAAUUCUACGAAGACUUUCUGUGGAUUCCAGGAUCCCAGGAAGUGGAGGGAGAGAGGCGGCCAUCUUCUCUGGGGCGCAUGCUCUGCACCUCUCCUUGGCUGUCAAUGGACCACCCACUAACACGUGAUUUCCUUGCCACGGUCGCGAAAACCAACAGUUGGGCAGGCUUCCGCACCCUGGUCCUCAUAGACGCUGCUAGCCUGGUGGAGGGUCAGAAGAUGCGGACGCCGAUCUCGCCAGGCCCCAUGGAGGCUUCCAGAGUUGGUACGACCGAAGAGCUCACAGGUCACACCGGGGAGUUGGUGCUUCAGGACCCAGCGGAAUGCCUGGAUGGUUUCAGCAAAAACGCAGAAGAUGAGGCAAUCGACCUGAUGCGUGAGCGCUUGGACAAGCGCGUGGUGGCGAACUAUUAUUUUGGUAAACAGACCCUUUUUCCGGCCAGCUGGCCGAGCAGCAGCAUUCCAACGAAUUGGUUCCUUGACUUUCUGGGAACUCGCGGUGUCCAGGACAAGUUACGCGUUGAAGACUAUCUCGCGGUCUUGGAAGCUGUGGAUCAACAGAUUUCUUUGAUCACGUCCAAGACAGCGGAGCCCAAGAUUAGCUUGGAAAGCAUCCCCGGGCUUAUGAGGCAGAUGCUCGGCUUCAGCCCCAUCAGGAUUUUGGGCAGGGUUCACCGGCUGGUGGAGUUUGAGAUGCAGGAAGCCCGCGACCGGCAGGAAGAAGAUCAGGAGGAGCAGGUCAAGUCGCCAGAACCAUCUGGGACUAGCACGUCCAAUAUUCUGGCCCAUGCCUCAGAGCUGGUUGGUUGGGGGCUGCAGAUGGGCACCGUGGUGAGCAUUGAUCUCACGAGGGUGUCGUCCUGGCAGCCGAUGAAGCACUUUGUGUACGUUGCUACGGAGAGGAAGACGGCGGAAUUCUCAGGAUGGUCGGACGAGACGCUUCAGUAUGUGGCGGUUGUCCCCUCAAGAUCUUGGGGGGAACAGAGCACAAGACGCAUCAUCACACUGCUGCAGCGAUGUGGAAUCCGCCCCUCAGAAGAGAAGGAAGAGACGCUGAGAAAGUGUGCAGUGAUCAUUCCCUGUGAGGCCGCUUCGGAUGCUGUUGGCAUCGCACGCAUUGUCCAGCUGUUGCAGACAGACUUGGGUGUGCAGGAAGUGCUGCAAGAAAGGCGAAGAACACUGACAAGUCAGAUCCUCUCAGCAGCUAUGCGUACCGCUGAAACGGCCAUAAAGGGAAAGGAGAACGUCGCAGACGCCAUUGGAAUCUUCGACAGCAUUCGAGACCUGGUUGGAAGGUUGCGAGUGGAGCCGGCAAGUGAGAUGUCAGUGUACCAGGCGAUUGCGCUCGACACUCGCGAGACCCAGACGCGGGAGAGGAAGAUGCCUGGUGCAGCCGAACUGUCAACACAGUUUGCAGAGUUCAAGCCGCAAAAGGGUGCAGCAAUUCCGAUCGCCAGGACCAAGCAGCUCGGGAGUGCACCGCUUGCAUUCACCGGCGAAGCUCCUGCAGGCGGUGAAGAUGAGGAGAAGCAGAUCGUUUUCACCUUUCAGGGAGGUGUUGUGGAAGCGCUUCAGCAAGGAUCGCAAGGCCUUUCCCGAGCCAUGGACUCGGGAACCAAAGCUUUGGUUCUGGUCGCCGCACAGGGCGCACGUGGAGAUCUGCACGAGGACCAUGGCAACACAGGCAGGCGUGGCCUGUCCGAGCUUGAGUUUGGCAUCGCCAACUUGCUGGCGAUCGCUAUCGGAGCCGCAGCUGAGGCCACGGAACAAGGCAUCGUGUCAGGUCAAGACGAACCCUCUGAAAGCUUCUCAAAGCCUGUGUCGGAGAGCAUGGACGCAGAAGGUGAUAAUGCGCUGCCAGUCUGGCAUCAUGGCUAUGCCAGGCUCUUGGAGGAGUUCAAGGACGUGGAGAAUGCCGAUGUGUGGGAGUCUUCAAGCACUUGCGCGUUCGUGGGGUGGGAGGCACUGGCAUACGCAUCUGAUGAAGCAGAUCAGGAAGGAAGCGGAGUUGAGAUGGACUUGUCCACGGCUGACUUGCUGGAGAACGCGUGCGAAGCGCUCCAUUUCAGGCGCAAGAGACGUGCGAAGAAGACGCAAGCGGCUUACUAA